AUCUGUAGACACGAGGAUCAAACUACACAGGGGUGUUGAAAAGGGUGGGGGGGUCUCUUGGCAGCUGAGAAUUUGUUUAGAUAUCCUAUUAUUGGAUUGAGGAGAGGAGCCAAUACAUUCAUCAGUCCUAAUAUUCCUCCAGAAAAGAGAGAAAUUCCUUUUUCCAAAUCGAGAAAAUCACCUUUUUUUUUCACAGAGAGAGAAGAUGAUGAUGUAACGGAAAAAGCUAUAUUUUUUCCCGGUCCCAAGAGGAGGUUUGUGGAUGGAGCCUGAAUCUGGAAUUGCGCGUGGCCCUUCUCAGUUCUCAUGGGCAAGUCUCUCGAGGAAUCUUAUUCUAGCAUAUCAAAGCUUUGGUGUGGUAUAUGGAGACUUGAGCACAUCGCCUCUUUAUGUUUUUCGAAGCACAUUCAUUGGGAAGUUGCAGCAUCAUCAGAAUGAGGAUGCUAUAUUUGGUGCAUUUUCGUUGAUUUUUUGGACCCUAACCUUUAUUCCGUUGCUCAAAUAUGUGGUGAUCGUAUUGAGUGCUGAUGAUAAUGGUGAAGGUGGGACAUUCGCUCUUUACUCGAUGCUUUGCAGGCAUGCAAAGUUUGGCUUACUUCCCAAUCAACAAGCGGCUGAUGAGGAGUUGUCUGCUUACAAAUAUGGUCCCUCAAGGCAGGGCCAAUCAUCUUUGCCGCUGAGGAGAUUUCUUGAAAAGCAUAAAAAAAUAAGGACAGCUUUACUUGUUGUGGUGUUGUUGGGGACUUCCAUGCUUAUAGGUGAUGGUGUGAUUACUCCAGCAAUUUCAGUUUUAUCAGCAGUAUCGGGGCUUCAACUUGCUGAAAGUUUGUUGACCACGCAUGAAGUGCUAUUGAUUGCCUGUGUCAUAUUGGUUGGCCUAUUUGCAUUGCAGCAUUAUGGCACUCACAGGGUAGCUUUUAUAUUUGCACCAAUUGUUAUUAUCUGGUUGAUUUCAAUUUUUUCCAUUGGGGUAUACAAUAUCAUCAAAUGGAACCCAAAGAUUGUUCAUGCAAUAUCUCCGUAUUACAUUGUCAAGUUCUUUAGUAUGACUGGUGUAGACGGAUGGAUUUCGCUAGGAGGGGUCCUUCUCUCCAUAACAGGAACCGAAGCUAUGUUUGCAGAUAUUGGCCACUUCUCUACCUUCCCAAUAAGGCUUGCGUUUGCGGUUUUUGUAUACCCCUGUUUGGUUGUGCAAUAUAUGGGCCAGGCUGCUUUCCUGUCGAAAAAUAUCCCAUCCAUCCCUAAUAGCUUCUAUCAGUCAAUACCUGAUCCUGUAUUUUGGCCUGUCUUUAUCAUUGCCACUCUAGCAAGUAUCGUUGGAAGUCAGGCUAUCAUCACUGCAACAUUCUCUAUUGUCAAGCAAUGCCAUGCCCUUGGUUGCUUUCCAAGAGUCAAGGUCGUGCAUACCUCGAAGCAUAUUUAUGGGCAGAUAUAUAUUCCAGAAAUAAACUGGAUCCUCAUGAUCAUUACUAUCGCCAUAGCUAUUGGGUUCCGGGAUACAACUUUAAUUGGAAAUGCCUAUGGCCUCGCUUGCAUGACUGUUAUGUUUAUCACGACAUUUCUCAUGGCGCUUGUUUUAGUCUUUGUCCAGCAGAGAAACAUUUUUCUAGUUGCAGCAUUUCUUCUCUUCUUUUGGCUUAUUGAGGGUGUCUACCUGUCAUCUGCACUCAUGAAAGUUCCUCAGGGAGGAUGGGUCUCCCUCCUCCUUUCUUUCGUCUUUAUGGUUGUCAUGUUUGUGUGGUACUAUGGAACUCACAAGAAAUACAACUUUGAUCUUCAUAACAAAGUUCCCCUGAGAUGGAUACUUGGUCUGGGCCCUAGUCUUGGUAUCGUCCGUGUGCCUGGAGUAGGCCUCAUUUACUCGGAAUUGGCAACAGGGGUCCCUGCAAUCUUCUCUCACUUUGUGACAAAUCUCCCAGCAUUCCACACUGUGUUAGUUUUUGUUUGCGUAAAAUCUGUUCCUGUGCCCUAUGUAUCACCUGAGGAACGCUUUCUUAUUGGUCGUAUUUGCCCAAGACCCUACCGAAUGUACCGGUGCAUUGUAAGGUAUGGGUAUAAAGACAUUCAACGAGACAAUGGAGACUUUGAGAACCUUCUUAUCCAAAGUUUAGCGGAGUUCAUCCAAAUGGAGGCAGUUGAACCAAGUUUAUCAAACUCUGACAGUGCAUCAUUUGAUGGUAGGAUGGCCGUCAUAAGCAGCACCAGAACCUUCCAAACAACCUCAUCCCUGGUAGUAUCUGAAGUAGAGGAUUUUGGUGCAAUCAACACCAUCCAAAGCAGUAAAUCUUUAACCCUCCAAAGUUUGCGGUCUUCUUAUGAUGAUGAACACCCACCGAUGAGGAGGCAGCAAGUGAGGUUUCAAUUGCCACCAAACCCCGUGAUGGAUCCUUCGGUUAGGGAAGAGCUUAUGGAAUUGAUCCAGGCAAAGGAAGCAGGGGUUGCAUAUAUAAUGGGGCAUUCUUAUGUGAAGGCAAGGAGAUCAUCAUCCUUUUUGAAGAAGCUUGUCAUUGACAUUGGAUACUCAUUCCUUCGUAAGAACUGCAGGGGCCCUUCUGUGGCGCUUAAUAUUCCUCACAUUAGCCUUAUCGAAGUUGGCAUGACGUAUUAUGUUUAGUUGUUCAAUCAUUGAAGGAAAUUAACCUCCAUUGAUCUCUCUGCCCAUAUAUCUCAAGGUAUGGGGUAUAGCCUCCAAAAACUGGGGGGGGGGAAUCUAGUGUGCUGAGGUUAUUUCGAUGCCAGCUGGCGAUGCGAGUAUAAUCUCACAAUUCAGACAUACGUGGAAUCUGAAGCUGCUCCUUUUUUGCUCUCUCUGUUUGGCUACUUAUUUUUUUGUACAGAUUCUAGAUGUUAUGGCAUGAAUUUUGGGGUUCACUUGGACUUUUCAUCUGUAACGACUAUCUUGAGAAUGGGUAAAUCUCAACUUGCAGUUUUGCUUUGAAUUUUUAA